CCUUUCGACUGAAUCCGUAGCCUCCGACCAUCAUCAUGGCUCCCCGAGAGAGGCCCAACCCCGUCACCGUCGCCGUCGCCGUCGGCCCCAGGCCCCAGGGCCUCAAGGAGAUCCGCUUCCGCGGCGUCCGGAAGCGGCCGUGGGGCCGCUACGCCGCCGAGAUCCGCGACCCGGGCAAGAAGACCCGCGUCUGGCUCGGCACCUUCGACACCGCCGAGGAGGCCGCCCGCGCCUACGACACGGCGGCGCGUGAGUUCCGCGGCGCCAAGGCGAAGACCAACUUCCCCACCGCCGACGAGCUCGUCGUCGCCGGCGCCGGCGCCGCCCACAGCCCCAGCCAGAGCAGCACCGUCGACAACGCCUCCCCUCCACCGCCGCCGCCGGCGCAAGCCCUGGACCUCAGCCUCGGCGGCUUCCCGUUCGCCGCCGCGUACGCGGCCCCGGCCGGGUGCUUCCCCGUCGUCCCGGUGGCGCGCCCGGUGCUCUUCUUCGACGUCUUCGCCCGCGGGGGCCAGUUCGGGGGCAACGUCGCCAGGGACUGCAAGCCGGGCCGCCCGGCGGCGAGCGAGUUCUUCCCGGCGGUCGGGAUUGGUGCGGUGAAGAGCGAGUCCGAUUCGUCGUCCGUCGUGGAGUCCGACGUGACCCGUCGCAGCAGCAGAUCGUUCCUCGAUCUCGACCUCAACCAGCCUCCGCCGCCCGAGGUGGCUUGAUUUUUUUUUUUCCUCCCGGAGGGGGAGGGUCUUGAUCGGCGGCGGAUUUGCGAGUUUUUCGGUGCGAUUCUCGUUUUCUGCGGUUCGAAGCUGAGGACGGAAAGCGGAUCCAUGUAGAGAGAGAGACAGGGAAACUAGCCUGACAAUUUAAUUUCGGUUCGGCGGUUGACGACGACGACGACAAAAUUAGACGAUGACGACAACCAUGACUUUAGAUAAUAUGUAUAUAGCGAUGAUAAAUUUUUAACUCCAGUUUUUUAGCAACUGGGAAAUCUGCAAGCGUUUCUCAAUUGUUGUAUUAUUCAUGCGUUCUUUUUCUUCCCUGUAAUACAUAUUUCGGAUAUUGAAAAAACGUCAAGAUCUAGUAGUCUUUGUGAAA